AUGAGAGCAACAACAAGACUAUUAAAGCAUACAAUCAAAUUUGUAGGUGGCCCACAUCCUAUCCCAAAACCAUAUCCAGCUAAGGCACAUCCAUUUGCCCCAAAUGGUAUAAUACCAGGCAAAAUGGGUAUUUCAACAACAGUAAAAAGCUCUUUUUCCAUUUCGAGUUAUCACAAUGCUAAUCCGGUGCAGCCCCAACAUGGGGAAUUUUUCGCUAGAAGUGAAUUACCCGAAAGAUUCAGAUAUAAGCCAGUUAAAGACUUUGAAAUGGAACAGAUUAUUAGUGGUGGUGCUGAAAUUGUAUACUAG